AUGAGCUCCCCGGAUGGAGCUCCCCGGAUGGGGCUGCUCUCAGGGGGCACCUCCCCCAGUGGCGAUGAGGGAUUCUUCCCUUUUGUGCUGGAGCGGCGGGACUCGUUCCUGGGAGGGGCCCCCGGACCUGGACCUGAGGAGCCCGAGGACCUGGCCGUGCAGCUGCAAAGGAAAGAGAAAGACCUACUGCUGGCCGCAGAGCUGGGCAAGAUGCUUCUGGAGCGGAAUGAGGAGCUGAGGCGGCAGCUGGAGACGCUGAGCAGCCAGCACUCGGAGCAGGAGGAACGACUCCAGCAGGAGAACCAUGAGCUUCGCCGGGGUCUGGCAGCCCGAGGAGCCGAGUGGGAGGCCCGGGCCGUGGAGCUCGAGGGGGACGUGGAGGCCCUGCGGGCCCAGCUGGGGGAGCAGCGCUCAGAGCAGCGGGACAGUGGGCGUGAAAGGGCACAGGCCCUGGAUGAGCUGGGAGAACAGAACCUCCGUCUCAGCCAACAGCUGGCUCAGGCAUCCCAGACAGAACAGGAGCUUCAGAGAGAACUGGAUGCCCUUCGAGAACAGUGCCAGGCACAGGCUCUGGCCGGAGCUGAAAUGAGGACAAGGUUAGAGAGUCUGCAAGGGGAGAACAAGAUGCUGCAGGGUCGCCGACAGGACCUGGAGGCCCAGAUCCGGGGCCUGCGUGAUGAGGCAGAGAAGGGUCAGGGCCGGCUGCAGACCACCCAUGAGGAGCUGCUGGUGCUACGGAGGGAGAGGCGGGAACACAGCCUGGAGCUAGAACGAGCGCGCUUCGAGGCGGAGGAGGCUCUCAGCGCGCUAAGGAGGCUGCAGCGGCGGGUGUCGGAGCUAGAGGAGGAGUCUCGCUUCCAGGACGCCGAUGUGUCCGUCACUUCCCUACAGUCCGAGCUUGCACAUAGCCUCGACGGAGACCAGGACCAUGACACAGUCAGACACGAAGAUGCCUCGAGGACACUGUCCCUGGAGCCCCUAGAGGCUUCCAGUGCACACCCUUCACCCCUGGAGGAGAGCUUGGAGCCCCCCAAGAAGCGAGCGACGAGGAGCUCUGCGGAAAUGCUGGAAGAGAGGGAGGCAGAAGUGACCAGACUACAGAAUGAGAUGGCGCUGCAGAGGACAGAGUUGCAGUCCCUGAGGGAGGAACUGCAGAGGCAGAAGGAGCUGCAGGCGCAGGACCCUGAGGCCGCUUUGAGAGGCGCCCUCUCUGAUAGGGACGAGGCUGUGAACAAGGCCCUGGAACUGUCCCUGGAGUUGAGCCGUGUCUCGCUGGAGCGGGACUCUCUAUCCCGGGAGCUGCUGCGCACCAUCCGCCAGAAGGUGGCGCUAACACAGGAGCUGGAGGCCUGGCAGGAUGACAUGCAGGUGGUGAUUGGGCAGCAGCUGCACUCCCAGCGCCAGAAGGAGCUGAACGCCACCAGGCCCUCUCCGCGCCGUGCCUCACCCCGCUUCUCGCUGCGCCUGGGCACUGGACCCGCCGCUGGCUUCCUCAGCAACCUCUUCCGAAGGACCUGA